UGUACUGUUAAAUUACUGGUAGUACUAUGUGUUCACUGUAUUAUCCUUUUUGACUGAUACAGGUUGCCGUAGUUGUAAGCGUCCUUUGCCGUUGCCAUGGAGAGGAUCCUCGCUUGCACUAGACAUAGUUACAUAAACGGCGCAAAAUGACACAGGGGGAAGAAAAGAAGACAAGUACGAUAAAAAAUUAUAAACAGGAAAACGAGGAAACGCGCGGAAACGCAGAGCUGCCACAGACAGCGGAAGAAAGAGAAAAAAGAAAGUUAGUGAGCUGCUCUGCUAGUUUAAAGGUGAAUUCAGCGGAUGUGGAACAGAACCAAACCAACCUCCAAGGCCGUCCUGUCAGUGACGAGCAGGCCGAGAGUGAUGACACUUAUGAGCUCCCCACACUGUUUAGCUUAAUUGUACAGAGACAUGAAGGGGAAACCUGUGAAGGCCAGUUUCAUGGAGAAGGAGUUGCUUAUUUUGAAGGAGGACAUAUGUACAAGGGCAUGUUUUCCAAGGGACUUAUGGAUGGACAUGGUGUCUUCACACGGCCAGGCGGACUGAAAUAUGAGGGAGAAUUUGUGUGCAACAUACCCAUGGGCCAGGGCACCUACACCUGGCCGGAUGGCAGCUCCUAUAAGGGGGAAGUGUACAAUGGUAUACGACAUGGGACUGGAACCUACAAAUGUGCAAAAAAUGGUGUGUCAUACAGAGGGCAGUGGGAUCAGGGCAAAAGGCACGGAAAGGGGGCAGUGUAUUAUAACCAGGAUAAGACCUCUUGGUACAAAGGAGAUUGGGUGAAGAACAACAGAGAGGGAUGGGGAGUGAGAUGCUACCCGUCUGGUAACAAAUACUCUGGUGAGUGGAAGAACAAUCUGAGACACGGAGAGGGCACGAUGAGGUGGCUAAAACUGGGACAGCAGUACGUUGGGAUGUGGCAUAAUGGGGUCCAGCAUGGACGAGGCACACACAUCUGGAUCCUGAGGCGAGCGGCUGGAUCCCAGUAUUCUCAGAGCAAUCAGUACACAGGGGAUUUCGUUCAGGGUCAGAGGCACGGACAGGGAGCCUUUUACUACGCUGGUGGUGCGAUCUAUGAAGGCGAAUGGAGGAACAAUAAAAAACAUGGGAAGGGAAAAUUCACUUUUAAGGAUGGACAUGUUUUUGAAGGAGAGUUUGUGGACGAUCAGAUGAUGACACACAACCUGAGUGGAAACAAAGCUCCCACUCCUCUCUGUGGUGCAUUUCCUCCGUCAGGCAGUGAAUCAUUUAUCUUAGGACCAGACAUGGCUCUGACCAUUGAACGUCUUCUGGAUAAAAUCCCUGAGAGAAAUUGUGAGACUGAGCGUAAACAGGUGGAGUUUGUGGUGCUGAGGCAAGGCACAGAGCUGAGGUCUGUCUAUAGUUUCUACAGCAGACUUGGCCAUGCCCCCUCCCCAGAUAACAUCUUCCUGCUGUCCCGUCUGCAGCUCUGGCGCCUCCUCAAAGACUGUAACAUCCACCAUCACGAUAUCACUCUGACACAGAUAGACCAUUUUAUCCGAGAGGAUGCCACUACAGCAGAGAUCCACUCUCCUUUCACUACCAUGCUUCUUCGUAGGUUCCUCAGCUGUCUAGUGCUUGUGGCCUACCACAUCUACCAUAAGGACAUGGUGUCACAAACAAACCUUCUGGCUGCCUGCUUUUCCAAACUGAUGACAGACGACAUCCUUCCCAAUGCUAAGAAUGUAAAAGGCUUCCUGUUUAGGCAGCCAGACUGUGCAGUGGUGACUGUGAACUACUUAAAUAAGUGCUGGGAAGUCUAUCAGGCUUACUGCAAAGUCAAUGCAGCCCCCAGAGAUGACCAGACCAUGACCUGCCGGCACCUGCUGUGGAUGUUCAAGGAUCUCCAUCUGCUGGACAAUAAGCUGACUGCAGCAAGAUUACUGAAGAUCAUCACGGCAGAGAGCCGUGACCCCAGCAGCCUGUCCUCCUGUGUGGAUCUGGAGAUUACGUUCCUGGAGUUUUUUGAGGUACUUCUGGGCUCUGCUGAGGUAAAGUGUCAGCCGGUUUCUGAAGGCCAGGAGGAGGGCCAGUUGCUGUCCAGCCCUGACGCUGAGGCCAGGAGGGAUCUACCUGAGGCGGAAGCCAGCGAGAAAAUCUUGCAGACUACAAACAGCCCUUCCCAGUCGGUCAGAUCCUUUCGCGAUCUCUGCACCCCUUACCCACGCUAUGUGGCAGCUCCAGUGAAUUCCCCCAUCACUCCUGAAAUCUCCAGCCCCAAGUCAGGGGAGACAGGGAAAUCAAGUGACACAGCAGAUUUAUCCACUGCUCAGGAUGUGGAGAGUCAACAAGAUGUGAAGCCUAAUGUCAAUGACAAACCUCAGUCUGCAGAGUACACAGAAGAGCAUAGAGGGGAAGGAAAGGGUGAUCAAACCAGAGGAAUAGAGGCCAAAGACUGCGAACCGGAGCUUUGGAUCCAGACAAUCCAUAAAUUCUUCAACCACUUUUUCUUCCCGGCUUUUGAAUACAACCAGUUAGUGUCCAAAAAUAUGAAGAAAGCGAAGCUCCGCCAGGAGGCUCAGAGAUGCAUCGCUGCAGGGCCACGUAGUACACUUCUCAGCUAAGAUUCAUUUAUUUUUGUUGGGUCAGUUGACAGUAUUAUGUGAUCAAUGUAGUAGUUUAUAUAUGUACUAUAUCAUUGCUCGUGCGAUUUAAUUAAGUACCCCAGUGGUUUUGUUCCCAUCUAAGGACAAGCUUCAUAUUCCUAUGGACCAACUUUCAUAAAAAAAAGUUUAAAAAAUUAAAGAAAUUUGAGAUUUCUUUACUGUAUGCAUUGUGGGUUGACAUGUGACAGCCCAUGUUUGACUAUUGUGGGAGCUGAACAUGAGUUUGACAGACAAGCCAGUUUCAUGAGUUGCUUUAUAUCUGAAUAAACAUAACCAACAUCA